GCCAAAGGUCUCCAAAAAUUAAAAUGGUACUGCCAAAUGUGUCAAAAGCAAUGUCGUGACGAAAAUGGAUAUCAGUGUCAUAUUCGUUCUGAAUCUCAUCUUCGCCAAAUGGAUCUCUUGAAAGAGAGUCCUUCAAUGUAUAUGCAAGGUUAUUCUAAACAAUUCCAUGAUGACUUCAUCAAAUUGCUCUCUAGAAGAUGGGGAACCAAGAGGGUUCAUGCAAAUCUUGUAUAUCAAGAAUAUAUCUCUGAUAGACAUCAUAUACACAUGAACGGUACAAUUUGGGAUACUUUGACUGAUUUUGUAAAACAUCUGGGCAGAGAAGGUACUUGUGCCGUUGAUGAAACGCCAAAAGGGUGGUUUAUUAGUUGGAUUGACAACAGUCCUAAGGCUUUGGCUAGACAGGAGGCAAUUUUGAAAAAAGAGCGAGCAGAAAAGGAUGAGGAAGAAAGAGCUCGCAGAUUAAUAGAAGAGCAAAUAGAGAGGGCACAGAAAGAAGCUGAUAAUCCGGGACUAGAUGAAGAAAAAUUUACGGAACUCAAACGAAGUAAUGAAGAAGAUAAGAUAAAACUCAACAUUUCAUUAGUAAAAUCAGAAUCUUCCGUUUCGUCUUCUACCGUUAAAACCGAUUCAUCUACCACAACACCUUCUACUAAUGGUUACACUCACACUAGCAUCUCAUUUAAUAAACCUACUUCCCAAAAAAUGUCUCUUAGUGCGUUAGCUAAAAAAUCCGGUUCUUUGAAUAUUAUUCUAGAUGAGAUGGCGAGAAAGAAAAGGAUGGAGGAUACGAAUGAAAAUGGAAACAAGAGGAAGGAUGAUCAGAGAGAUCAGAAAUAUAGAGAAAAAUAUAAGAGAUCGUAUGAUCGAGAGUCAAAAAGAGCACGCAGGUAUUGA